UAUAUUAGGUUUUUUAAUGUUGGCAACAUCUAGUUUAUUUACAAAAUGAAACCUUGCAAUUAGGAUCGUAGCUGUCAAAAUAGUGAUAAUUUUUACCUACCCUUUUAUUAGCAACCCAAUAUUUUGUUCUAAAUGUUUGAAGCAUAUAUCUUGCACAGUCUUAACUGCCUUAUUUUCUUAGACAAUGUCUUUUUCAAAUAAUUUAACUACACAUAUUUUUCGACGCAUUUGGAAAUAUAUUCUUAGCUGGCACAGAGACAGUCAACCGUAAUAAAUAUUUGAUUUCUUAACUACUACGAUUCAGAUUGUAAGAUGCCGAAAAGAAGGUACGAUGAAGAUCCAGAAGGUUUGUCUGUUCCUCUACCAAUUCAGAAUUUCUUAUGGAGACAGACUAGUCCAUUUAUUCGACCCAAAUAUGGAAAACUUCAUGAAGCAUCUUGUAUGGAGCAACGUGAAGCAUGCAAAUCCUUUGAAAAAGUACUUGUGCAAAAUAUUCAGUUCGGUCUUUCACCUAGUCUCACCCAAGCAAUUAAAAGUAUUAGUAGAUGGCGAUUAAUUCAAGCUGCAUUUCCCCAUGUAAUGCAUUGCUGUGCUGCUCUUCUUUAUCGACGUAAAGAUAGAUGCCUUGAUAAACUUGGUACAGCUGAAACUAAAUUGCUGUAUACGCUGCAAUGGAUAAUAUUAGAUGCUAUUGAGGAAUGUGCUGAUGCAGAAGCAGAACAAGGCUUUUAUCAUCCACCUAGUCAUUACCUAUUCCCUAUUUCUUCAAUUCAGGUUUUUGUUUACUUGUUUGCACCAUUAGGAGAUUUUUUGAGACACUCAGACUUUAUGACAAGUUUCCGUUUGGAAAAUGGCUUAAAAUUGUGGGAAUCUCUUUGGGAAUAUAGGCACCCAAAUGUUGCUUGUUUUACUACUCAUGUGCUCCCAAAGCGCACAUUUUUAAAAGGAAGAAGAGAAAAACAAACUGCCACCAAAUUUGGAGAUGUUUUUAUUGGUGGGGGUGCUGCAAAACGCUUGAGUAAAGAUCAAUGCACCACAUCUGUUGAUAGUAGUGACACUGGGCCUACUGUAACAAGUCCUGCAUCAACUGGAUCUGAAAAUAAAGGAGAAACAGAAAGUGACAAAUCAUCGCCUAAAGAACUUGAGCCUAAGAAAGAUGAUUUUUUUUGUGAGUUAUGCUCCACUCCAGCUGUAAAAUUAAAGGAUGAUUCCAAUGUCAUUAAAUGCAGUUGUGGGAAUAUUUCAAUUCACGACACACCUGAUGUAAAAUUGCCUGAAACAGCUCUUGAAUCUGCACUCAAGUGUACUCCAUUAAAAACAGAAAAAAUUGACAUAGCAAUGGCAACAUAUCUAGAUGUGGCAGUCUUACGCUGUUUAUUUAUUUCACAAUGGUUGGAAGAAGGAAUAUUUUGGGCUCUUAAAUACCUAUUUCAAAGAUUGAAAGAGAUCAAGGAGUUAUCUUCUGACGUUUCUUGCAUUCGUAAGCGAAGUUUUUCCCUUCCCAUUCCUGAAAUUGAAAUAUCACUUUACCAGUCUCCGGAACAAAAUAAGAAAGAGUACACUCCAUCAGGUCUAGAAAAUAUAUUCACUGUUGACAACUCCUACCAACCUCCUAGUCACCAUACCAGCAUGCAUGAACUUCACCAAACUACAUUUGACAUCCCCCAAGAAAAGCAAAGGUCAAAGAGAAUGAAAGUGAGUGACUUCAAGUCAUUUGUGGAAGAAAAACUCCUGGACAGGGCUUCUGGUAACUAUUCAUCUUCACCUCCUGAAGCGCCUGGAGUAUCAGUAUCAGAGCCAUACCAUGGGUCUGGAUUUAAGUCUUGCCUCUCAUCAGAGCAUUUGGAGAUGCAAAGGCCUAAAUCAGCUCUUGCAAUGCUCGACCACAAGCAUUCGGAAGACACGGAUUCAGCAGAGAUGAUUAAAGUAGAAAUGGUGAGGGGACGCAGUAUGCCAAGUUUACAUCAUUAUGGCGAGCAUAAGUUUGAUUCGAUUCCAACGAGUGUCAUACACCAACCUCUAUCUUUGGGUGUGAAAAAAAUGCCAGCUUAUCAUACAUUCAGUGUACCAAAUCCAAUAAUUACUGUUACAGAACAUUCUCCAGUUGCUUCAGUACAGUUUUUUCUGAAUCAGGAUUCUGUUAAUGGUCAAAAUGAUAGUUCUCCUCCUGCAACUCCUAAUCCAUCAAAUCAACAUUUCACAAUAACACGAAGCCAAACUGACUCAAAUAUUAAAUAUGAUUCAGAGAGCAGUUGUGAGGCAACAGGGUCUACUUAUUAUAUUACUUCAGAUGGCGAAAUAAACUUGGAAGUUGUCUUAAAGGCUGUUCAUUCUGUUACGCUUGGUGAUAGCGCAUUAUCACUUCGUGUGUGUGAAAUAGCUCUUAAUUUGCUUGAUCUUUUACUGUCCUUUGGUAUAAUUACGAAACAAUCAGAAAAAGAACGUGAUCAAAUUGACAAAUCUGAGGAAGCGUUGAUAAGCACUCCUGGAACUGACAUAAGCACUAUGAACCAAUCAGAAAAGUCUAAAUCUAGUUUUGAUAAGAAAAAAGAUGAGCUGACUUUGCAUCAUCUUUUUAUGGACAGUUUAUGGAGAAUUUGCAAAUAUCUUGGUUGUCCACUAAGCUGUCAAGAAGGACAUCGUAGUCGACCAACUGCUGAGUUACUUCGCAUGCAAAUAUUGAAUGCAUUUAAUGGACUAUUUGAAGCAGAUAAGCAACAGUUCAGAAGUUUUCUAAGAGAAGUAAUAAAUUCACGUCCUCUGACUGAAGUGAUAGAUUUUUUUCACAGUUUUGUUGGAUUCUGCAUGGAGUCAGGAUCUCCAGUUUCUCCCUUAAAUCAAAAGAGAGCAAGUACAUCCGGUAGCCAAGAAAACAACUCCCGACAUUCUUACGCUAAUAAUUUUGGUGCUGGAUUUGGAAAACCAAUUUCAAGAGAUGCUGAAAGUCUAGUUAUUCAAAAUUCCUUUAAAGCUGUAGUUUCUCGCUUGGUGGUUGCUAGAAAAGAUUUGAAAAGUCAAGAAAACUUAUCGUUAUAUCGAAACAUUAGACAAUUUAUGGCAUACGUUCGAGAAUAUCAUGGAGGUGUGUUUAGAAGAGUGGCUCUGAGUGGGUUGCUAGAUAGUGCAGAAAGACCCCACAAAAAGAAUAAAAGUACAAUUGCUACUACCAGGAUUGUAAGACACACAAAAUCUGUUGAUCAUGAUGAUUACAGGGAAGCGUUUUCUCCAACUGUAGUCUUAGUGGAUGAAACUGCUCUAUCAAAAAGUACUAGAAAGUCUUUUUUUAGGAAGCGAGGUGUUCGCAAAGUUCCAAGUGCACAGAGUGUCUUUGAUGACAGAGAGGACCUUUCUUCAUGUCCUAGUCCUGCACCUGGGCAAGUUGCGCCACCUCUCUUAAGGUGUGAAAAGAUGGGGACACCAAGAUUGAGUGUCUCUGAUGAUGAGAAUUUGUCUCUUCAACCAACUCCGAAGCAUAAGAGCAAUAGGUUCCAAAUUGUGAACUGGUUGAAAGGAGAUAAAAUGAAGCAAAAUGAUUUCUCUUUAUGUGAGGAUGAUAACAACUUUCCAUCAGCACUCCUUGAAGGAUAUUCUUUGCCAGAAAAACUUUCAAGGGGAUCAAGUAUCAUUAGUAGAACUCCAAAGCUCUCUCAGAAAUCCUCAAGCCAUGUAGGUGUGACUCUUUCGAAAGCUAAAAAGCGAAUGGAGGACCAUUUGACAAAAAUAGGCUUUGGACGCAAUAAAAACAAACAUGGGAGUUUUGAAGAGCCAUUAGAUAUUAGUCGGAGAAAUUCUUGUGAUUUUGAUCAUGGAUUGAAAGAAGGUGAAUUUCUAGUUGCGAAGGAGAGUAAGCUUGUGAAUAUCACAGCAGUGAAAGAUGGCAUGAUGCGACUUUCAUUUCAAAUGGAAGCUUGUUUGCCCGGUACUACUCCCGAUCCUCCCCUUUUAGCAGCAGCUCUGGACUUAAAAGCACCAGUUGUUGCUAGAGCUGCCUUAUACUUAGAAUGUGCUCAUUUUGUUCAUCGUUGUAACAAAGGAUGCUGGCCUACUUGGAUGCGAACCAACUUACCCAUUAUCCGUACUUCGAAUCCUCAUGCCAACAGAAUAACGCAUGCUGAUUUACGAAGAACUGAUGCUUUACAGAAAGCUUCUGGAAAGUUGUUCUACCAGUGGGCUGAAGCUAUUGGCUAUAGAUUGGAAGAGCUGUUAGAGAAAAAUGAUAAAGAACAAGGCCUCAGUACUAAUGAUGAAAACAAAAAACGGCAGUUGAGAUUAGAAGAUGAAGAAGAAGAUUUUUUGGAUGAAGCAUGUGUCAAUCCUGGUGGGUCAGAUUGUCCAUUUGCUCUCCAAGUGGCAGCGUGUCAGCUUCUUUUAGAAAUCACUGCAUUCAUGCGAGAGACAUAUCAGUACUUGCCUCAUAAGGGUGGACGACUGAUGUCAAUGAGAGAUAAACCUAUGUUUGAACCCAGAAGUACCACAAACCGACGUUGGAGUAUGGCACUCAGCAGCGUUGGUUCAAUAUCAGAGCCUCAAAUUGGGGAGCGCAGGAUUAGUUUUCUUCUUCAACAAGAUACUGAUAAAUAUAUUGACUUUGAUGGUGAAUCAGAAAAUAGCAGUAAUACCACUCUAACUGUUCAAGAGGAGGAAGAUAAGAAAGGAAGACGGCUAACUGGAAGACCUCGUUUGUUAAGAAGAGGGUUGGGCUCAUCGGCUGGCAAUAGCUCAAGCUUCAAGAGAAGAAGUCUUAAACUGAAGAAACCGAGUGAGAGACGGAGUCGAGCUAGAUCUUCUACUUUUGCUGAAGAUGAAGAAGACAUAGCUUCUAUGUUGCAGCGAACAGAUAGUAUUCGUUCCAAAAGAAAAGUGAGUGCUGUAUCAGAUCGAAGUGACACUAGCGAUAAGGUUGAUUUGUCUGGAGAAGAAUCUCCGGGAGUACUCAGCGACGACUUAGCUCCUGAGAGUCCACCCGAUGUUCCUGAAAGUGAUGAUACCAUGCUGACAAAGAAUUUUCCUUGGCUGAAAGUGUUAGUUAAAGUCCUGAAAAGCUUGAAUUAUGAUUGUCAGCAUCAAUACUUUUGCCCUUCCAAUUGCUACAGAAGACAGAUGCGAUCCUGCAACCGUUUGGUCAAUGCUGUUCGAAAGGUCUAUGGAGAUACUUUUGGUAUGAUGGUUGAUGCUGAAAAGCAGGAAGAAGAUAAAGGCGAGUUGAAGAAAGAGAAGAAAAUAAAAAAGAUCAUAACUGCUCCAAGUUCACCUCUUCGGCGAAAAGCUAGUGUUGCACACAUUGACAAAUUAGAACGGCCUAGUGAUGUCCCACAUUUAGCAGCUUUUAGAUCUCUUCAUAGCAGCACAACUUUUUUAGCCCAUGACAUUGAAGCGGGUAUCCAUUUGAAAGAAGCAGAAGGAAAAGUCCAACCUCCUGGAAAUGGAAAAGAUAAAAGCAAAUCCAAAGAAGAACUAUCCGUGUUGAAAUACAUUAAAUCUCAGGUGAAGAGUUUGUUCCAUUGUAGUAUAUCGACUAUAAUCAAAGGUGCCGUAGUAUUGCCUGAAGAACUAUUUACUGAAAUUAUGAGUGUGUCUUGGGAGUUAUUACUAGAAUGGGAUUAUCAGCUCACAGCUUCAGCUGCUGUUGCUUUUAUCCUGGCAUCUGUAAAAGCUCCUGAAUUUGCUACUCAAUUAUUAAAAAAUGAAUUAAAACAUGAUGACCCUACACAUAGAGUAAAUGCUAUUUUAAAAUUUCAAGUCUUAUGGAGAAAUAGGUAUCAGUGUUGGCCGAGAAUGGAAGAUGGCGCCCAUAUAACUUUCAAGGUGCCUCCACCUAAUAUUGAAUUCACUCUACCUUCUCCAAAAAUCGCCUCAGAUCAUGUACCUGUUGCAGAUACCCCCUGGAUGCCCCAAGUUAAAGCUAAGGUUCAAGAAGUCACAAUUAACCAAGAGCAAGCGUUACAAAGAUCAUUUGUGACUGCCACCAAAACAAGACGAAAGCAACAAAUGGAAAGUGUGCAACGUGCCUUGCAAAAUGAAGAGGAGAAAAAACGAACCGAGCGACAGAACUACCAUAUAACAACAGCGGCUGCUACCUUACAAGCAGCAUAUGAACCUGCUUUGUUUCAUUCUAUUGAAGAUCAUGAAGAGGAUCAAGAUUUGUCCAUUGAAAGAAAUAUUACUCACCACAUACAAGCAGCUCAAGCUCUCUUUCCCUCAUGUCUUUGUUCUGCUGCUAUUCCGAUUAUAGAGUCUUUAGAAGAUGCUCAAGUUAAUAGCGAAGCAAUUUCAGUUCAUGAAGCUGCCCUCAAAGUUACAUAUCUUUGUUUGAUAGAAGACACUGCAUUGUUUUUGAGACAUAUUUUAGAGAAGUUGACUAGAGAAAGACAAAAUGAAAUGUUUCAGAUUUUAAGAAAACUUCUUCGCUUCAUACCUCAGUUACCCCCGCAAUCUGCUUGUGCCCUUUAUAAUUAUUUGAUUGGUUAUGUUAUGUUUUAUGUUCGAGCUCCUGUUGAAGGAGGGCAAGAUCAUAUUGGUAAUGCACUUUCUGUUCUUUGGCAAGUUGCCCCGAGUGUUAAUGGAUUAUUUCUAAAAGAUUUAAAACAAGUUUUGAGAAAAGAGCAGUGUGAUGCAACACUUUUAAUUACUGCAAAUGUGCCUAGUGCAAAGAAAAUAAUUAUACAUGGCCCAGAUGCAAGUGGUAUACCAUCACAGUAUCCUAUUCAUGAGGAUACACAGUUUUCACUUAUUUUGCAAGAUAGCUUAGAUUUCUUUAGUAUUGAAGAAAACCAGCAAAAUUCUUAUUUCUUAGUUGACACCAAAACAAAUAUGAUGCACUGUCCUGAAAGUUAUGUUCGAGAUUUUUACUUUUUCAAGCGUUCCCAAUACCCUCAGUUAUCAUUAGUUCAUAUAAACCCUGAUUCAGCUUUUGAAUUAAUGCAAAGUCAAUCAUUUAAACUACGCUUUCUAGAAUUAGGAAAAGUCCUGAUGAGCUUGGCAAUUUCAAAAUCUAACACUCAAGUUGCUCAAAGAGUUUUCUUUUUGCAUGAGGAGCUUAUGAAGCUUCCAUCCUUUCCUCGUAAAGCUUUGGAAUGCGAUUUCAAUCUGUAUGCAGGCAUUCUUGGAAAGGAAAUGCUUAACAUGGAUACUCUUCAUAAAUUGGUAUGGGUAAAACUUGUUGCUCGGAUGUUUGAAGCCAUGGCUGGUCUCUUUGUUCAUUCAUCAGAUAUACAUCUCUUUUUAAACGUUAUUAAUGGGGCCUUAGUUUUACAUCCUGAAGAUGCCAUGAUUUUACGUUUUUGUAUGUCUACUUUUAUGAAUGCAGCUUUGCAGUUCAAAAAUAUUUUUGCUUCUAAUGGGUACUUACUUAUUAUGCCAACAAUUUUACGUACUUAUUCUAAUCAUCAAACGAAUAAUUUACUUUGCCGUACUUUGGAAUUUGUUUGCAAGCAGUUCUAUAUUUUGCAUCGAAAGCCAUUUAUACUGCAGAUGUUUGGAAGUGCAGCUCCCAUUUUAGAUAUGGAUGUUCAAAGCAGUUAUGGUGAUGCAAGCAAGGUUCAACCAAAAGCUUUCUUUCAACUACUGCAAUCUCUGGAACAGUACGUGGUCGACCCACUGGAUAUUUUAGAAUUAGUAGAUUGUGAAAAACCCCUUCGCGCAUUAGACUUUUGUUAUCAAAAUGAUCCAGAUACUCUUUCUAUACUGGAUGCUAUCUCUCUGUGUAUUACAGUGGUAGCUUAUGCUGCCGAUUCUCAAAGGGGUCAUCAAAUGCUUACAAUUCUUGAGGCUAUAUUACCUUUCUACUUACGGCAUCUGCAGAAUCUGACUACGAAAAAGGAGACCCCUGGUGGUUCCCGAUCUGAGCUGAGCAUGAUUCACAAUAUAUCGAUCUGUAUGAAAACUCUUAUUAGCAACUGUGAAGCUCUUGCCAGGAACUACACAGGACCACAGCGUACAACUGAUUUACGUGGAUCCAGUAUCAAAAAUAUGUCAAGAGGAGCUUAUUCUCCUCCGUAUGAAGUAGAUGACGAUAGCCAAUCUAAAUUUAUGACUGACAGCUAUUAUAGUUCGCGCAAACCACUUACACAACCACAAUAUGAUCGCCCAGCUGGAGACACUGACAUUAUGAAAACUGAAUUUCGUCGUCCCAGAGAUAUUUUACUCAGUGUUGUAUCAGAAUUCCUUACUAUAUGCUCUGCUAGACUUGCAGAACUGGCAAAAAUAAUAAAAGAUCUUUCCAGCAAAGCAACAGAAUUGUUGGAUCAAAAAUGUCAUUUUAGAUUAGCUGAAGUGGCUCACAGUCUUUUGAAAUUUGCACCAUAUGAUCCAAUUACAAUGUCUUGCCGAGGUUUGCAGCGUUACAUGAAUGAAGUAUUGCCUCAUUCUGAGUGGGCACAGGAAACAAUGCGACCAGCCCUCAUAAUGGUCUUGCGUCGGAUCGAUAAGACUUUUAACAAGAUUGCUAAAAAGCCCGCUAUUCGACGUUCAACCGAUUGGAAUGCUGCAAGAUCCCUCCUAAAAGGUGUGUACCUCACAUUAUAUAGACACCCGUACAUAGUACAUCUUCCUCAUCUAAAAUCUCUUGUGAGUUGCUGUCAAAGUAUUAUUCUUGGUGACCAAAGUACUCUAGCUGAAAGUUCUAGCAACCUUCCUUCCUCUUCCUCUGUUAUGAAUCAAUCCCCACCCCCUGGAUUUUGCUCUGUCGUUGUUCGUCUUAUUGCUAUGCAGAUGAUUGCAUUAGGGGAAUCCCAAUCAUUAGAGACUGUUUGUGGUGGAACUUCUGCUUUCUCCAGCCCUGAAAAACUAGAAAUAUAUUUAAUGAAUUUGAUUCUUCCCCUCUGUAUUAGAAUUAGUAGCAGCAUAAAAGAUGUUCCUAAACUUCGACAUAAUGAUAUUGCAUUUGCUUUGACCAUGGUGCUGCAUGCUUUAGCGCCUGUUUCACCACAAAGUAGCUCUUCAGCUAAAGGGGCUUCAGACAGCAGUAAUUUUGGCAAAUCUCCAAAUAGAUCAAAAAUGUUUCUUUUUCAUAUUGGUUUCGUUGGACUGAAAGUUUUACUUGUCUGUUUUGAGAAACAGCUUUCUAAUGACUGGCAUCGAAUUGCUGGUUGCAUUCGAGAACUCGGAAACAGAAUGCAAGGUGGCUUAGGCUUGUGGAAUUUUAUUGAUUUUAUUGUUAGCCAUCGCACACCUUUAUAUGUAUUAUUAUAUCCGAUGAUCAAAUGUAGAAUGCUUAAUACUAUUUGUGACAACGAACAAGAAUAUUCUUUCCAACAAAGAAUCAAAGGCAAACUUAAUGGUCAAAAUUUGCCGGUAGCAAAGAGUCAUGGUGCCUUGUAUGUUAACAUGGUUCAAGAGCUGAAAUCAUUAAAAGAAGAUUUAAUUUCUUGGAAAAUAGGGGGAGGUAAAGUGGAACGAUUAAAAUCUACUGUAUCAACUGAUCACAGUAGCGAUACUUCUCAACAAGCAGGAUUCUUAUAUCAGAUGUCUAGAAAAAGUGAACACUCUGGCCUAAAUGAUCCCUCCGAUAAACCUGAUAUUACCGUAGAAAUACCUGUUCCUGUGUCUCGUAAAGCUAGUACUCCUCUCAUUAGAGGUAUGUCUACAGACAGCUCAUUACAUCCACAGAUCACAGAAGGAGAGACGAGCACCUUUACGAAUAUCGGCAAGCAUAUUCAUAAGGGACUAAGUAUUAAAUUCAGCUCUGGCAGUGGGAGCCGACAAGUAUUGAGACAGCUGCUUCGUCGUAGUAGUUAUCCUUACCCAGAAGACGAUAGCAGCACCGCCGAAGAAGGAUUAAGUGGAAAGUUGCCUGCAGUAUCUGAACCGAGAUUGUGGAGAAAGAGCACUUUCCAUAUGAAACGUGGUGGGAGUAAAAAAGGUAAAGUCGGUAGCGGCAGUAGCCUCACGUCGGUGGGGACGACCAGGCAAACAGAAGAGCAAGACUCACCUGGGGAUCAAACUGAUUCUGUGAGUCAACCCCCGUCUUGCCCAACCAGUCCGGUCGGGGGAGUCCAGUCGCCGGAUCCGGAUUCGGACACUCACUUACCGAGGCACCGCCUCCAGCGACAGAAGGCUCCAAGCCGCAAGACUUUCCGUUAUCGGAAAUCUCACCGAGGAGCAGGGUGGGCAGCCCACACCGAAGCUGAUGAAGAGAGUGGGGGAGAAUCCAUUGCUAUGAUGCCAACCAAAACUCAACUUCCUCUCACUGAAGAAGACAAUCCCAACGUAUUGCCCCAAGUAGCAUUCAUACAAAAACACAAUCGUCAUAAGAUAGUUGGGCAUGUUGGCAGUGAAGAAUCUCCAGUAGGACGUCGUGCCAAGCGUCAUCAUGGCAAAAAGCGUUAUCGAUCACAUUCCCAAUCUCCCACAAGUCCUCUCUCUCCUGAAGAUGCCCAGACACUGGGCGACUCAGUUGAGUCUCUCGGCAAUGGAGAGAAAAGCACUCUACUGCAAGAGAGUCAAAAUCAGAAUGAAGAAUCUGAAACUUCACUCUUCAUGGUUUUCCCGGAUAAGGAUAAUGAUAAUACAUGUGUUUAGUUACCCAAUUGAUAUUACAGCACUUCCUCACUUCCUUUGUAUUUUUAAAAUAGUAUAUAGGGUGCUGGAAUAACAUCACUUUUUGAUUUUACUCUUAUUGAAGAUCACGAAAAAUCAUACUUCUGCUAAUUGUAGCAGGAAUUAAAUAAAAAAUUUAUUAAUCAUUAUGGAAAAUUAAUAAUUAAAAUUUUUUAUAAGGCUUUAAAAGUGAAGAUAAUAUUUAGUUGAUAAAUUAAAUUUGCAUUGACUGUUGGACAGGAAAGAUUCAAUAUUGGUUGUUAUAAUUGAUUUUGCAAGUCGAAGAUAAGUAAUAGAGCAAAUAGCCACUUUAUUUUUUCUUGAUGAAUGCAACCAAUAAACAAGUAAAAAAAAUUUAAUCAUUUUUGUUACAUAGGAAUAAGUGAAAUAAAAUGCGUAAAUUUAUUGUGACUAUGAUAAGAUAUGCAUUUAUUUUUUGAAGGAAAAUUAAAGUUAUGUAUUAAAACAGACCAAUUUAGAAACAUUUAUUAACCCAUUCUAGUCUUUAAUUCAAAAUUUUAAUCAGGAUAUUUCUAUCUAACAUUACUUUCUUAACUAUAUUGAAGAAAUGUAGAAAAAAAGUUUAAGUAUAGUUAAUUUUUUUGUUUCAUGAUAACCAAAUUUAUUUUUCUCCUAAUUUCAAAAUAUUUUUGGCAUUUCAUUGCCUGAAACAGAAGCGGGUUUACAAAAAUAAGAAAUGUAAAAUAUUUUGGACUUCAAACUGUAAAUGUAUGUUGUUUUAUUUUAAACAAGGAAUAUAAAGUUAAUUAUCAUGAGUGAUGGAUUCCUAAGCACCCUGUAUUUUUUUUUCCUACAAACCAUUGCCAUUAAAACUUCCUUAUUAACGAAAAAUAACGAUAUUAAAAUUGGUUUCAAUUUGUAAAGAUUGUACUUAUACAUACUUCUGAAAAGGUCGUAUAUUUAUCUUGUUGAAUAUGUUCAUUUUACAAAAGUUAAUUUUUUUUUUACUGUUUUCAUUUUAAAGUAAAUUCAAUUGUUAAAACUGCACUCAAAAUUGAAAUUAUUCUUAAAAAACAUUUUCAUGUCAUUUAACUAUUUAUAAAUAAUAUUAUACACAUUCAGAUCUUUAUAUCUUAUCUCUAUUUUGAUAAUUUGUUUUCAAAAUUCAUAUUUAUAGAGGUUUAGAAAAGAGUGAUUUUAAGUGAUUAGUCCCUGUAUCUGACAUAGUUGGAGAGUUAUGCCCUACAGGUGUUUGACUGAAUGCCAAAUUCACUAUAACGAUACGAAAAUAUCAUUGUAGGAUUAACCUGGAAUGAUUGAUAAGAUCACCUUAUAUCUCAAAAUUGAAUUUAUUUAUUUUUAUUCUAGUUUUUAAAAUUAGUCUUAACUAUUCAAAAUAUCUAUUAUAUGCAAAAAUGUUAAAUAACUAUAUAUUUUGCAAAAUAGUUAGCUUUUAAAAAUUAUGAUAGCUGUACUUGACACUUAUACAAAGUUAUUUAAACCAUUAUAUGCCAAUUAAACAGUUACUUUUUAGGUGAAACAGUAAUUUUCUUUUUAAGAAGUUAUUUCUAGUGGAAAAUUUUGCUAUUGAGCAUUUGUUUAAAGGAAAAAAAAAUUAAUAUUGUCCAUAAAAUAUUAGCAAGAAAAUUUUGAAGUUACUAUUAAUGGCAAUUAAACAGUUAAUUUUUUGAAGAAACAGUAAUUUCUUUGCAAAGAAGUUAUCUAUAGUUGAAAAUUUUGCCAACAAACUAAAAAUUAAGUUUUAUUUUUAUAAACUGAAUCAGUUAAUGAAUGAUUUACGCAACUUUUGUGUGUUUUUUCUUGUGGAAAAUGCAGCUUGAUAUAUUUAGCAUGGCUUUAACAAAAAGACAUGGCAGAAAAACAUGACUUAAAGAACAAAAUUUAAAAGAAACUUAAUCAAGUGUUGUAAACGACUUUGAUAUUCUUCCUUUUGCUACCUCAAUCUGAACCACUUUAAACAUUUUUAUCAUUACUUUCUAAUUAAGUUUGAUGCAGGGACCCAAGUGUUGAUACACGGACAUCUUUUUAAAAGAAAAAAAUUAACAUUUAUGACAAAUAGGUCUAUAUUGUAUGUUAUAAAUUAAUAACAUUUAGCACAGAAUUGUGGCAUUUAAAGAUUUUGACAAAUUGGUUUAUAUUAUAUGUUAAAAAUAUUAAUUUUUAUUUAACAGAGAAUUAUGAAUAUUUAACGGAGAAUUUAUGGUAUUUAAAGAUUAAUUGAGAUAUAAAAAUAUCUCACUUUUUCAUAUUGAUGAAAGUCUUGCAUUUUGUUUAUUUUUUCAUACCUUUAUCAUAGAAAAUGCAGACGUUUAUAUAAAAAGAUAGCACAAAAUUAAGACUGCAGUUAGUUCAUUAGGUUAUAAUUAAAUUUUAAAUACUUCUUAUCAAUUUGUUAUUGAUUACCAGAUUACUAAAAUUGCAAUUUCUUCAAAAACGCACA